GUUUUACUAUUUGUUUAAUUUCCGUUAUAUUUACAAUGUAGAGUUUGUAAAAUAUUAGAAAAUGAAAAAACUCAUUUUUUUUUUUUUGCAAAUACUGGAUAAAAACUGGUCAAGAGUAGAUUUAAGGGACCAUUUUGAUCUUACCCUCAAACAUAAGGGAUAGUUUUUAUUUUCUCUCAAAAUUUAGGUAGAAUAUAAACCAAAUUUUGUCAAAGUUACUUUUGUUAAAGAUGAGGCAAAGUAAAAUGAUUUUUAUGCAAUAAAACAAAGCACAGUGAUAUUUGGGUAAUGAGCGCAAAGCUGGAUGAUCACCCAUGAAAAUUUACUCCAAUAUUCAGUUAGAGGAGUCUUUCUUUUAUUGCUACAUAUAUCUUCAUCUCUUAUUUGCUGUAUUUUCAUCUAGUUGAUAGUAAUCUGUUCCUUUUCUCAUAUGAUGAUUGUUGCUUUCCAGGAAAAUGUAGACCUCAGAGAUCGGGAAACAUACGAGGGACUUUUCAGGGAGUACUACGAGAUAGUAAUGGAAAAAGAAGGAUUUGAUAAAAAUCGUCUUCUAAAGCGUCUUCAUGAUGGUAAGGCUCAACUAGACAAGGAGAAGCUUGGCCUAAUUAGCUCUACUUCAGAUAAACAUAGUGAAGAAGAGGAUGAACAGCUUGCUUCGGAUAAUGGGGAGUUCAGUGAUGGAGAACCUCCGAAGAAGAGGUUUAAAAAGAAAAGAAGUACAACGAAGAAGACUAGAAGAGGCAAUUCAAAUAAAAGAGAGUUUGUUGGAUGGGGAUCAAAACCUCUUAUUGAAUUUCUUCAGUUGAUUGGUGAAGAUACUACAGAAAGAUUAUCCGAAUAUGCAGUGUCAGAGAAAGUAACUGACUAUAUAAAAGAACAUAACCUUAUCCAUCCAGUAGAAGAGACAAUGAUCCUUUGUGAUGUCCAUUUAGAAGCUCUUUUUGGGAAGAAAGUGGUAAAGAAACAGAGAAUGUUAAGCCUCCUCAAAAGCCAUUUUCAUAAAGAUGAGGAACAAUUACAAAAUGAUGAGCUUGAUCAGGAUCUUGAAGACGACACAGAAUUAUUGGUGUCUCCCAAACCUGAGAAAAAGGUUGAACGGAACAAGAUAUCAUCAUUUUGGUCAUCAAUUUGGUAUUCAGCUGCAGCACAAAGUCAAUACGCAGCCUUGAUUCCUGAA